ACAACACCAGCUCAGUUGCAGCAUCCUUUCCUCUACAAACCGCAGCUGGGAGUCGCUCUGUCCAUUUGUCUGGUUUAUUCGCUCGUUUCUUUGAAAAAUCGUUCUUCUUUCACAAAGAUGUCAUACCAACAACGCAUCCAACAACAGCUGAAUGUCCUGGACAAGCGGCUGUCCGCUUUCCCCGUCCUUAAUGUCAUGGAGCAAAAGGUCGGUGUGAACAAGGUUUACAUUUGUCUGGGUCUCGCUACCGUCUACUUUGCUCUGUUGUUCCUCAACUUUGGCGGUUACUUGUUGACGAACACUUUGGCCUUUGUCAUGCCUGCGUUCUUCAGCAUCUAUUCCCUCGAGACUCCCGACAAGGAUGAUGAUACUCAAUGGCUUACUUACUACUUGAUCACUUCUUUCAUGACUGUCUUGGAGUACUGGAUUGAUUUCCUUCUUGUUUGGGUUCCCUUCUACUGGUUGAUGAAGGCUAUUUUCUUGGUCUGGCUCGCUCUUCCUCGCUUCAGCGGUGCUAGCUUGAUCUACCGUGCUAUUAUCCGCCCUUACAUUACUCCCUAUGUCAUGCGCGUCAUGAGCAGAGUGAACAACGCUGCUGCUGCUGGUGCACCUGUCCCUCCUCCUCGCUCUGAGAAGCCUGCUGCUGCUCCGGCUGCUGCUCCGGCUGCCAGUGCUACCGGCGCUCAACUUUAGCUCUUUAAGCCCGCUUUGAAAGUGCUCUGAAAGUUAUGUUGCAAUAAGAGUCAUGCUAGAAUAGUUAUGACAUGCUGUGUAUCACGUA